CGAUCUCGCCGGUCCUUUUUUCUCUCCUCAAAAUCAUCGAGAAAAUCCAGGAAUUCAAGAAAUCCAGACGAAAUUUUGAUCAAAUUUCUCAAUUGUUACUACUGUUGAUCUACUAAUUGUGUUUGUUUUCUGUGAAAUGGAUCGGAAGCGGACGGAGAGUCCGGUGUAUACACGGCAGUGGAGCGGUGGUUCUAGCAGCACCGGUUCAUCAUCACCAGCGAUGUCUCCGGCGCAUCCUCAGUCGAGAUUAGGUCAACCUUCUGGAUAUUCAACGAUUAAGAGGACACAGAACGUUGCUGCUAAAGCUGCGGCGCUGCGUUUGGCGCAAGUCAUGGCUUCACAGACUGCAGAUGAUGACGAGGAGGAUGAUGAUCCAGGGUUUCGGUUCGCUGCUCCUACCUCCUUUGGAAAAAACAAUGCUAAUAAUAAUAAUAAUGGUAGUGUUGGUGCCUUGUCUGGUGUUUCGUUUGGUAGACCAAAUAGAUCGCCGUCACCUGCGUUAGGUCGGAACUUUAUGGAGCACACUCCUCCUACUCGAUCCACAUCAGCUGGACGACCGUCAGCAUCCGUUCGCACAGGACAAAUGGUGCCACCUACUAGACCAUCUUUGAGAAACCCUGGUUCCAUCCCACCCCCGAUAGAACCUCCUGCUGGAAACAGACUCAGAGAAAGGUUUACAAAGGAUAUUGGACGUGUAGACAAAGAUAUGGGAGAUCAGCAUGAGGCAUCUGCACUUCGUGAUGAACUUGAUAUGCUACAAGAAGAGCAUGACAUGGUUAUAGAUAAGCUUCGUCGUGUAGAUGAAAAGCGCGAAGAAGCAGAGGCCAGGGCAAGGGAGCUGGAGAAACAGGUGGCUUCUUUAGGAGAAGGAGUGUCUUUGGAAGCCAAGUUGUUGAGCAGGAAAGAAGCAGCAAUACGUCAAAGAGAGGUUGCUCUAAAAGCUGCACAACAGACAAAAGAUGGAAGAGAUGUCGAAGUUUCUAAUCUUCGUGCAGAACUUGAGAACUUAAAAGAUGAGACUUUAGGCGCCAUGGAGCAGCUCAGGGAAGCUGAAUCUGAAGCAAAAGCCCUUCGCUCAAUGACACAACGAAUGGUUUUGACUCAUGAAGAGAUGGAAGAGGUAGUCCUGAAGAGGUGCUGGCUUUCUCGUUAUUGGGGUUUAGCUGUACAACAUGGUGUUUGUGCUGACAUAGCUGGCUCGAAGCAUGAGCAUUGGUCAUCAUUUGCACCGUUGCCAUUUGAAGUUGUCAUUUCGGCUGGACAAAAGGCAAGGGAGGAGUCUUGGCAUGGUGGUGACGAAGAUUCUGACAGGAGAAAACUGGUCCGUGAUAUCAAUGACCUAACAGGAGAAGGAAAUAUUGAGAGUAUGCUUUCAGUGGAGAUGGGUUUGAGGGAAAUGGCUUCCUUGAAGGUAGAAGAUGCUGUUGUGCUGGCAUUGGCCCAGCACCGUCGUCCAAAUUUAGUCCGGCAAUCCAUCUCUGAUCCAAAAUCCCCGCGCGAUAACAAGUUUAUGGAGGGAUUUGAGUUGAGUCUUGAGGAGGCUGAAGAUGUUUCUUUUAAAGAGGCUUGGCUUACGUAUUUUUGGAGAAGAGCCAAAGUUCAUGGUGUAGAAGAGGAUAUUGCCGAAGAUAGACUUCACUUUUGGAUAAGCCGGAGUGCAACAUCUCCCACUUCUCAUGAUGCUGUUGAUGUUGAACGAGGGUUGACGGAAUUGAGGAAGUUGGGGAUCGAACAGCAGCUGUGGGAAGCAUCUCGCAAGGAAAUCGAUCAAUCGUCAUCUUUACCGAUCGAAAAUUCCAAAGAUUCUGCAGAUGAAGAUGCCUCUUUGUGAUUCCUGUUUUCAUGAAUUUAUUUUGUUUUUCUUUAUUAUUUUUUUCCUUUUUUAAAUGACAAUUUUGGUGUCAAUAUGAUGAGUUUGUGGAAGGUUUUCAUGUAUAAUAGGGUUUGAUCAUAUGAUGGUAUAUAACCAUAGAUACAUGUAGUUGCAAUAUCUAUAAGUCUCCAGAGUAUUCAUUUGUUUGAAGGACUUUAUUACCACUUUUGAGUGAUCCCAUGGCAGAUCAGAUUGUAUUUUGGUUUUUAAGCCAUACAAAAUACAACAAAAGGUUAAUAAUACUGUUUA